AUGAGUUUCAAAAGAUUACCUCCUGGAUGGGAUUCCAAACUGGAACCAAAGUCUGGUAAAAGCUACUUUGUGAAUUACUUUACCAGAAAUAUCAGCUUAGAUGAUCCUAGAAUCAAGCCGAAUUCGGAACAGACCCAAAGUAAUCAGGAUAAUUUCCGUAAUGGGCGGCAUGUACCUCUGAUGGGAGCUUCUGCAGUGCAUUCAACCUCUCAGGCAGCAGCUAUGACCGAUAUUAUUUCCAGGAUCAGACAUAUGUUCCCAACUGUUCCAGAAACACACAUAAAAGCUCUUUUAAUAAAAUACCAUGGACGAGAGGCAGUGGUUGUGAGUGCAUUGCAAGUAGAGAAACACCCAGUGAGGACACCAGGACCAUUUACACCGCCACCACCUGUCAGGCCCCCAGUACCAAUUGCCUGCAGGCCACAGCCUAAGCCGCAUUCUCCAAAAAUGAAACUUAGAUAUUUGAAGAGCGUAUUCCCAGUAGUGGAGGAGACCAUAUUGCUCGACACUCUCGUCAAUGCUGAUAAUAAUGUAACACAUGCAACUGAAAAAUUACUUACACUUGGCUUCAAUAAAAGAGAGAUGCCACAGCCAAGAGUCUGCCUGAAAAAACAAGAAUCUGAGCCAACUAAAACAGAAAUUAAAAAAUCUCCAAAACUAAGAAAGAUGAAAUCUGCUGAAGAGAAACAAUUGAUUAAACAACGUAUAUGUAAAAAGCAUCCAGAAGUUGCUGAAAGAGUCGUGUCUAUUGCUCUUGACAGUGCAGGAUUCAAUGAAGAAACUGCAGAAACAAUCUUGGCAAUGAUGCUGGACGAGCAGAAAAAAUCAUUUGAUUCAUCUGGAGAAGUAGUUGAAACUGAGAAGGUAGUUAGUAAAUCACCAGAAAACAGGACAGAGGCGAUCCCAAUCGAGCCGAUUAGACCUGAUCAGAAUAUUAAGCAGAGGCAUAAGAAUAACAAAAAUGAAAUAAGGACUCCAGUUCAAGUAGAAACUGAAUCUGAGCCACUCUGCUGCCUCUUCAUGUCGCCUCUUCUAACCAAACCUCAGGGGCCUAACAAAGAUUUACAUCGAGGACCAGAUGAAACUUUACUUUUGGAAGAUUAUGUUCCAUGGAUUGGCCCAGAAAAAGGUUUGGCGAAAGGUCCUGAAAGGGGUUUAGCCAAAGGAUCCUCUGGUGCAAAAGGACCGAAUCCUUUGCUAAGAAAGGGACCCUGUCCUUCACUUGCUAAGGGCAGCAUCUACUCAAAUCUCAUCGCUGUCCAAGACUCAAGGGGUAAAUAA